GGACGAAGGAACGGAGGAACGAAGGAAAGGAAGGGCACGAGAGAGGGUCGAAGCUCGUAUCUCUUGGUUGGAUGUGCGAGGGGCGAGGGGCGGGUGGCUGUCUUUCCUCCCGCAAGAACACACCAGGUGGCCAUGGAGGACGGGAGCCUGAUCGGGGAGCUCGAUCUUGGCAAUUCGUCGUCCUCGCAGGAGAAUUCGAGGUCGGGAGCAGGAGCAGGAGGAGGAGGAGGAGGAGGAGGCAGUGAUGACGAUAGUAUAGAGGAGUCGCCCAAGAGGGGCAGACUGCGAGUGGCGAAUGUCGGAGGAUCUUUGACGGUGCUGCUGCAGAUUGCGCUCGUCGCCUGGGGAGUUCGGCAACUGAGAUCCGUUUUGGCCAAGAGGCGGCAAAGGGCCGACGCCGCCCAGAGGGCUGUGGAAUUGCCUUUCAGGGCCGUGGAUCCGCCGGGUUGCUCGAUGUUGAGCCCCGUCGCCGUGAAGAAAAUGGUCGAGCUCGACCCCGUGCCUCAUUUGCUCGUCGAUGUGCGCUUUCCUGGUGCUGUCAGAGAUGCUCCGUCUCCUUUCGAAACGGCUGUCAGUAUUCCAGAGGGAGAGGUAAAAGCUGCACUGCAGUUGUCAGAAGCAGAAUGGGAGAACCGGUUUCCAUCAAUAAAAAAGCCUGGCAGGAGUGACAUCAUUGUAUUUCUCUCCACCAAGGGACGCCGAGCACAGAAGGCCGCCAGUGCUGCAGCAGAUCUCGGAUUCAAUGGGUGUUGUGUGCUGAAUGGGGGAUUAGAGGCCUACGGAGAAGAUGUGAGCAGUUCCGAAGACAAGCCGCUCAAGUUUCUGAGCAGGGAUGCUGUUGCAGUUCUAUUGCAGAAGAAUGACCGAGGUGGAGAAGCUUCUGAAGCAGGGACAAACCCUGUGUACUUAAUAGAUGUGCGAAGGCACGAUGAGAGAGCUUUAUUCGGUCACAUCAGAGGAUCACAUCAUGUUCCUGUGGAGGAACUCCCUAAGGCUCUGAACAUGGAAAGCGGAUUAUGGGAGAAAACCUACCAUUUUCCGAAGUUUUCUGAUGACGACACUGUCAUAUUCCAAUGUCGGACAUCCCGACGUGCUACUUGGGCUGCUCAGCUUGCACAGGAUGCAGGGAUGGGAAAAUGUUUCGUUUACAGUCAAGGUGUCUAUGGUUGGCGAUUCGACCCCUCUGUCCUACCAUACGAUAGCUACGAGAUUGGGGAUUCUCCACCAGAGCCCAUCAACUUUGAGGUUGAAAAGGUGGAUCACGAAGCAGCGAAAGAGGAACUGCAGCGAGCGGGGCUUUAGUAACAGUCUCGCUUGUUGCAACGAGGAGUCAAAACUUAGCGAUUAGGUACAGGCCAGACAUGCAUACGGGAUUAUCGAUGACGACUGUACUCGGCAUGAGCUGAUGAACUCCAGUGCAAAUAAGAUCUUCAGUUCUUCAAGACUACGAAAGAAGCAGCGAGAAAGAACAAAUUACCAUGCGAGGGCCGGUCAGCAUCGAGAUGGCGGGAGAGACAAGCAUCAAUUACUACAACCUUGAGUUGGAGUCGAAGUGUUAGAGAAAGUUCUUGCAGGCUACUUAGAACCUUUUUUCCCUGUAACGCAAAGAAUGUAGGUUAAAAAGAUGAGUUAUCACGAAGCGUUAUCUCAACGAUCACAAGCUGCAGUGUGACUUAUUGUGUCCACUUUGACUGCAACUUAUGCUGUACACUUUUAUUGAUUUCCCGGUUUUGAGAGCAUGCCGAUUCGAAUGAAUGGCCUCAUAAACAUGAAUGUUCUAGAGUGGUUUUCAACUACUCGGAGAUACACAACUUGAGUCUGAAGCCAACCGAGCAAUACAUGGAACAAGAGCUCUUCCCAGACCACUUAGUCAUUCUCGUGUGAAACAGCGAUUUGUCUGUCGAAACGGAUGAUUCUACAAUUGGUGCCUAAUUACAUCUUGUAUGGUAUGAUUCGCUUUCAUGUGAGUACACUCUUGUGACGCGAUGGGUAGACUGAAGUCCGCGCCCGUUCCCGCGAUAGGCAGGAAGAAAAUCGGACAAGCAGACCUUUCCAGUUGAGUCUACCGUGCGUUGUGGUAGAACCUUUACGGUCCACAUGUAGGAUAUGAAA